CGGAACCGGAGUAGUGGCCAAAAAUCCGUGGUGAACUGGUUCUCAAGCGAACAGCUGGUCGGUAUUAGGAUUAAAAAUAAACAUAAUUGAUUUUCUGCCCGAAAGUAUACGUAAACGCGUAGGCGCUCCCACCUGGUAGUGCACCCGAUUGACCGACUUCCAAUACUCACGGACAGCGAUGGGUUCCGACGACCACAGUGCCGGGGAAAGUAUCCAGAAGGGAUUCCAGAUCAACUAUAUGAUUCUGCGGGACGCGGACAGUGGAAAGAUUAUUUGGCAGGAGAACAAGGACUUCUCGGCACCGGAUCUGGAGCACGAAGCCCGGGUGCCUGUAAAGAUACUGGAUAUGCGAGCUGUUUCCCGGGAGAUCAACUUCAGCACCAUUGAGCCCAUGGAGAACUUCCGUCUCGACCAGAAGGUGCUCUUCAAGGGCCGCAUAAUGGAGGAGUGGUUCUUCGAAAUGGGAUUUGUGGGCUCCAAUACCACCAACACCUGGCAGUCGACAAUCGAGGCAGCACCCGAGUCCCAGAUGAUGCCCGCCAAGGUACUGAACGGCAAUGUGACGAUCCAAACCAGUUUCUAUGACAACGAGACACUCAUCACCAAGUCGGUUGUGCGCCUGUACUACAUUUAGGCGGCUGUGAGUCAUCUGCCCGCGUCCAGGUGUUCUCCCAUCUGUUCACGCCUUCUGGAUCUUCUAUAUACUUCUGCAUUUCUAUGCAAUUGUUUGCGCGUCUUUGAACUAGUUGUAGUCUAAUGCAUUUUAUCUAAUUUUACAUUUAUCACAUUAAUUUAUUAAUAAACAUAUUAUCAAUUGUAAUGCGCAUAAA